CUCAUUUCUUCAAGGGUAUGAGUCGGAAGGAAGGAGAUGCAUUGAAUUUGAAAUGGAAGCGGGUCGGAUCACCGAGCGAUUCUGAGUCGAAACGUAUACGGAUCGAGAAAGAGGGAUGUUUUCAGUAAGUGAGGAAGAAGGUGGUGGAGAUGAGUCCGACGGGCCGGGGAGAGAGAAGGUGAAAAGAAAGGAGAAAGAAGAAUCGAAAGAAAAGGAAAGUAGCGGCAGGAUGUGUGAUGGAGAGCGUAGUGAGGGUAUCAUGAAGAGGGACAGAGGCGGCAGAGGAAUUACGUUGAUGGUGUUGAGAGAAGAGGUAUCGUCCUGGUGGACGAUGGAGUGGCUCAAUCGGUUUUGGGUAUUCGUAAUUAGAAACCCCAGCUGCCCAGACCUUGGCCACCUCGAACACCGGCCCGUCGCCGGCUCUCGCAACGGCCACGCCACCUGGCGUCUCCUUCGUCAUCCAGCACUGCCACAAAUUCAGGGGCCGCCAAGGGAGAGGAGGUGGAAAAAGAGGGAGACGAGACAAGAGACGAAAAACAACAACGAUUGUGCGUUUGGCCAACUCGGUCGGCGCGGAUUCAUAUACCUGUCAUACCUAGGCAAUCCACAGUUGGAUGUAUUCCAGGCUUACAUGGGCGUAUUCAAAACCAGUCACGGAAGCCGUUCUGUCCUGAGACAUUUCGGCACCAGAUACACUACAUGCGUGCUAGCUCAUCGUGUAGCGUACGACCGGAAAGGGAAGAGGCAAAAGAGGAUAUACUAGCUGAGCCGAAGCAUCCGAGAAAAUCUACAACUUCGUCUACUGACUCUAACUGUGGGAGAGGAUGAGAGGAUGACGGGUGGGUAGGUAAAAAAGAGAGAGAGAGACUGUGACGCUAAGUAGGCGAAAUCCCCUCCUUCUCCUCUCCUCCCGUUAAAAGAGGAAAUAAACAUCGAAUUUAUCUGCUUCGUUAUAAUAAUAAGAUUAAUAGAUUCGACGGUUAUUUUCUUGUUUAAUAG